AUUUGGAUGUUACUGUGCGACUAUCCAGUGUAUGAAAUCACUAACUUAACAACUUUAUUAUGACAGUCUACGCGAAUCUACGUUUAUGUUUGUACCUAAUCGGAUUACUAUAUUACUUACGAUACGAGCUCAAGACUGUUAGCGAAUAUCAAGUUGCUUAAAUCUUGCUUAUCCUCACCCUAAUAUUAGGUGCCUUGUAUUGUACGUACUGUAGAUCUCGGAGAUCCGAGGUCUAGACCCCACCAAACCCGCCAGCUCGGACAUAGCACCCAGAUCCUACGGCAGACAUACGAUCUAGCAUAAUCCUCACGGCAUUAUUAUGCGUAGCUUGAUCUGAUAAUGAUUCGUCGUGAACACCUGAAAGGUGCGGCUUUGAUAUUGGUAUUCCGAACUCUAACUACGAGCCGUAACAAUCCAACUAAUGGACUAACACACACCAACUUAACUAUUCUUUACCUAGGUGUAGGCACGUAGUGCCGUCUCGGCUACCGAGGCGCUCGUAUGGCGAAUGCUUUGAUAUUGCCUUCCAAUAGCAGCUUCCUGUUCAUUAAGGUGGGUUUAUACACCAACACGUUUGCUUGUUGAAAUCAAGCAAGGAAAUCUAUCUGCUAUGCAUGUCGCAUACUAUAUGCAGUGGUUAUAUCAUCCAUGGCUUUCAGUCUUUCGAAAAAACAGCAUCUACAAACAUUAUUAACACCCAACAUCGCCCGUCAGAUAAAUUCCGGAUUUCCUUCAACAUCCUCUAUCAUCAUCUCCAGGAACUACCUUGCUCCCAGCACAUAUCCUCACCGAUACACUACCUCUUAUACGCAGCCACAACAGCAGCAGUUUAGAAAGUUUACGCAAACAAAAACCAAUAUGGCUACUAACAAUGCUGCAUGGAUUAAAGAGGCUAAGGCCCACCCUUUCGUUGUUGAGCCGGCCCCUGUUUGGACUCCCGAGGCUAACGAGGUUCUUGUGAAGAACCAUGCCGUAGCUAUCAACCCCGUCGACGGCUCUCUUCAAGCUGCUGGCUGGUGGCCUCUUGACUACCCGACCAUGCUAGGCCAGGAUGUUUCUGGUGUUGUCGCUGCUGUUGGCUCCGGUGUUACCGACUUCAAAGUAGGCGAUCGUGUUGUCGGCCACGCUCUUGGUAUGGCUACCAAGCGUAAACAGGACGGGGCAUUCCAAGAGUACACGAUUCUUCAGACCAAUAUGACCGCUUUACUUCCUGGGAACAUUUCUUUUGAGAAGGCUGCUGUACUGCCUCUAGCUUUAUCGACCGCCGCCUGUGCGCUCUACCAGGAGACCCACCUAAAGCUUCAGCUUCCCAGCGUCCCCCCUCAAAAACCCACGGGGAAGACACUAAUUGUCUGGGGUGGCUCAUCAGCGGUAGGAAGCAACGCUAUCCAACUCGCCAUCAACUCUGGCUACGAAGUCAUCGCUACCGCCUCCCCUAAGAACUUCAACUACGUGAAGAAGCUGGGUGCCAGCCAAGUCUUCGACUACUCCAGCGCAACCAUCCAAGACGAACUAAUCAACGCCCUCAAGGGGAAGACUACCGCCGGCGCUCUAGAUUGUAUUGGUGGCGCGCCUCAAGGAAUCCUCCAGCAGGUCGUGGCCAACUCCGAGGGCGUGAAGGCCGUAGCCUCCACGAAGCGGGGCUGGCCCGAGCCCCCGACGGGCGUCACCAUGUACUCCAUCUUUGGCACCACGCUCAGCGGCAAUUUCGUCGGGAAGGCCAUUUAUAACGACUUCUUGCCCGCGGCGUUGAAGGCGGUCACGUUUGUGCCGGCUCCAGAACCCCGGAUUGUCGGUAAGGGCUUGGGAAAGAUACAAGAGGCUGUCGACCUGAUCAAGAAAGGUGUCUCAGCCACUAAGUUGGUGGUAACUUUGUGAGUGGGGGCAUAUCUCGCGUAUAUCAAGACAGGUGUUUGGUGGAGGCUGUGGUGAAACCGCGAGGGCAUCGCUAUACCGGUAUAUAGGUAUAUCAAUGUUUAUUAUAAUACCACUGAGGCCGCAUGUAUUAGUAGUAGACUUAGAUCCAACUAUCAAAUGUCUUAGAGAGGAAAAAAACCAUUUAAACAUCCUAUUAAGUUAUCCUUACCAUACCUUGCUGGUCUCGAUCAUGCGAUAUAUUAUAGCAAGGGUGAGAUGAUACUCCUCUAGGCUGUGU